CUCCGUCGCCUCUUCAUCGUCCCUCGCUUCUUUAUCUGGCCUUUCCAGUCGCCGUGCCCGCGACUGCCUGACGCUCGCUUCUCCGCCUUUAGCUCUUGAUUUGAUUUGAUAUUCCCGUCUACCGGCCAACGAUCCGACCCGCUUGUUGUACAGCCCGUCAAGAGUCACUUCCAGCCGCGACGAAGCGCUUGGCAUUGCCUUGUCCAACCACUGCGUUAUCGAGGGUUUCUCCUCCUUGUCGCCAGCAAACGGAAUAUUCUUCGCGCUUAAAAUCAUCUGUUACUGCAUCGUUUACGUCUGAAAAGGCGUCUCAUCAUUGGCUCUGUUUUUCUUGGAUAUACCUUAUACGCCAUUUGCCUACAGCCUUCCUCUUGGUUUCAUUGUUACAGUAAACAGCCACUUUCGACAGGAUGCGUCCCACCGCUACAUUGCUGCGAGUGGCCCUGUGCCUUUCCUCUGCCGCGCCUCUGGUGUCGGCGUGGCCAGGCUGGUUCCCCGACGUCGACGCCUUGAUUGUUCGUGCUGAUGCCGACAACAAAGAGGGCAGCAACACUGCGCAGCCCACUGGCGGCGGCAGCGGGCAAAACACAGCCCAGCCUACCCAGCCACCCGACAAAAACUCAAAGACCGCUGACAGCAAGGGCUCGAAAACGGACACCAAAACGGACACCAAAUCCCACAAGACUACCACUAAGAAGAAGGGGCCUACACACACCACAUUCGAUCCCGAAUCCCCCCCGGGAGGCGUCGUGAUGCAGACGCCUGGUGUCUUUGCUGCUGGUGCUGCCCUCUACAGAAUUGGCGACUACGUCACCUGGGGCUGGAACUACACAAACCUCCUCGGCACCCCAACUGCCAUUGAUGUUCUCAUUGGCUGCUCGGCUGUCUCUGAAACGUGGACUCUUACGGCCAACAUGACGUUUAAGACCUCUGCGGCAUACACGUGGAACAGCUCAGUCCAGGCAACCGAUGUCAGCCAGCCUCUCUCCAACAACAUGUAUACUCUCAUCAUCAAGGAUUCGGAUGCCGCAGUCACUCAAAUCCCCGACCCUGGUUAUCUCGGUACCUAUUCGCAAUACACUUUUGGCCUGUACACUUCCCAGCCAUACGUUGACUAUGACCAGUGGUCGUGUGACGCUUGCAACGCAGCCCUGGCCAAGUUUGAUCACCACGCGCUUGGAUUUGCCAUCACCAUGGGUUUGGUGACUGUGCUCAGCUUUACUUGGUUCGUGUCCGGAGUUGACCUCGCCUGAUUUAUGAGCAUUGUCUCCAACGACGCAUCAAUCGAACCGUUGCGGUGCUGUUUGCAUUGGCUGCUUGAUGAAUUGCACCUGCCAUGGUCGUUUUGGUUGGAUAUUUGCAUGUAGCCAAGCGUCUUGAUGAAAUUUUGGCAUGCUCUGUGUACGGCGAAUUUUGUUUUCCUGUUUUGUUUUACAGCUUUGGAGAUGGGGCAUUAAAGGCGAUAACUGCGGGUCAUUUCAAAGGCGUUUUGAAUCCUUUUGAGCUGGUGUUUGUUUUGCGGACACUUUUUGGGCUGCUUGGAAUAAAGAAAGGAGGAGGAGCAAUAAACUGUUUUGGACGACUCUUUUAUGAUGGGGCCUCUGAAGAAAAAAAUAAUUAGCUACAAGUUUCUAAUGACAUAUACAUUUAAUGGGUAAAAAGAUUUUAUCGUAAAAAGAUUUUAUCGUUUG